CGUUAAACAAUCUUCGAAGGUAUGUACGAUAUGUACGAUAGAUUUUGUUGGAUGAGAUAAUCUUUAUCGAUCCAUCAAUAUUCUCGCGCGCUUAUACGUAACGCGCCGUAAUCAUUACUACAAUAGUAUGAUUCUAUUUGAAAGAUUGAAAAUGUUGAUGAUACCGAUACGACAUGCGAUAGUAUAUUGUAUAUGCAAAAUUAUAUGAUAUCAUUGAAUUAUCCCCGCGAAACAAUUGAUUAUAUAAAAGAAUAAUCAUUAAUAUGUCUAGAGUAAUAUAAAAUAUGAAAUAAGCUGAUGUAAUAGAAUUAAACACGUGGCGACCUUGCCGUGAGAUUUUCCACUAUGGUUCUUUAUCGGUGUCAAAUGUUGUGACGGUUGGUUUCUAUGGUAUCGAGUGACCUGGUCAGUCUACCACGUGGUCAGUAACCGAGCUUUAAAUUUGGACUGGACUGGAUGUAACGAUAGUGGUUCCUCGGUUAGCUUCUACGAAGCACAUCAUUAAAAUGUGAACAUCACUAGUUAGAAAGAACUAGUAGUACAAUCAAUGUGAUCGGGACUCUCAUCUUGGUACGAAAGCUGCUAAUCAUCCGAAAGCAAAUCGACUUCGGCUCAUUUUAUCCCCUCGGCAUAUCGUUGAUAUAGGCCGUCGACCCACAUUCGUCGACGGACGUCGAGACAGGGCGGAUUUUCUUCCGCACGAUGAGUUCGAUCCGUCUACAAGGCAGAAGAUGUUCUUACGCGAGGUUGUAUUAGUCGAGAAACGGUGUCAAAGACGGGCAUGGACACUAAGACCCCGCCUAUACCUUUGAAGCUUCCAGAGAAGGCUCAAACGAAGAAGCAGGAACGCCUGGCCGAUCUGUCCUUGCCGCCAUUGACACCUUCUACGAAUCGCCGACAGAAACUAAAGCCUGUUGUUAAUACGUGCUCGCGUGACUUCCUUUAUCCUACAUGCUAUCAAAGUCAUCAUAAGAAGAGACCUUACAGAGUGUUGCAAAUUGGCGCCACACCUUUGAUGCACGCUUGCCAGCAGGCCGACAGACACAAAGUCUUGAGACUAUUGAGGGAGCAAGAGGAGAGCAUCGGUUAUAGAGAUCGAACGUUAAGGAGUGCACUUCAUUACUGUAUGGACGCAGGAACGGGUGGUGCCGUAGCUUCAGCGGCACCAGAAUUGGUCAACGCUCCCGAUGCCGAGGGACAUACGCCUCUUCAUCUCGCAGUCAUUGCCGGCGAUACUCAGUUGGUGGCCGUAUUGUUGGCGAACGGCGCCGACGUCAAUGUCAAAGAUUUGGAAGGUCACAGCGUUCUUCAUUGGGCUACCGUCUGCGGAGAAGCGGAAUGCGUACGUCUGAUCUUAGCUGCUGGCGCUCGGCCUUCAACGCCGGAUCUUCGCGGAGGCUCGCCUCUUCAUUACGCCGCGCAAUGUUGCGGCGCCGCAGCGACCGCCGAACUUGCCGUACCAAAGAAAGUUGGCUUAAAGGUUUUGCAAACUCUUAUAGAAUUCGGCGCUGACGUUAAUGCGAAGGACGAAGACGGACGGCAGGCGAUCUUAUGGGCGGCCAGUGCCGGUAGCGUCGAGGCAAUUUUGGCCUUGGCAAGGGCCGGGGGAGCUGCGGCCGCAGGAGCAUCGGACAAGGACGGUUUAACGGCGCUUCAUUGCGCCGCGUCGAGAGGUCAUGCGAGAUGCGUCGAAGCGUUGAUUAAUUUAUGCGGAUCCCAGCCCGAUCACGUAGAUGACAACGGUUGUUCCGCUCUGCACUAUGCCGCUACGCUCGGUCACGCCGACGCCACGUCCUUGAUUCUUAAGUUGGGGGCCGAUCCAAAUCGACAAGAUCGAAAGGGUAGAACGCCGGCCCUAUGCGCAGCAGCCAAGGGUCAAUUGGAAACGUUAAAAAUUCUGGCACAGCAUGGUGGCUCGUUGCACGCUAGAACGGUACGAGGCACGGGCGUUGCUCACGAGGCCGCGGCUUCUGGAAGAAUCGAACUGCUCAGAUGGUUGGCUAAAAAGCGUCCGAGUAUGUUGGAUGUCGCUACGCAAGACGGUAAGACGCCUCUUCAUGUGGCAGCACUUCAUGGUCAUUUGGAUGGUUGCAAGGUGCUCUUGGAUCACGGUGCGAGAAUAAAUGCGAUUUUAAGAACUAACAAGGGUAAUACGAUGACCGCUUUGGACGCUGCCCUUUACAGAGGUCACAGAGAUUGUGCUAAAUUGAUUCAAAUGCACGGCGGCACCACUGCUCAACGAUUAAGAGAUCAUAGGGCUACGUCCACUGGGAAAGUUUAUACCGCAAAACUUCGAGUUGAGCGUACAGAGAGUGGCACGGAUACGGAAGGCAGCCCUCCAAGGUGGGAUUAUCAUCGACUUAAGGCUCCUCGUGUCUAUUACGAGGAACGAUGGAUCGAAAAGAGAACGCGAAAGAGAGGAAAUUCCAAGAAAUUUUUACGACGAGACAGUCGAAGUUUCAGCGAAGAAGAAGUACGAUUCUCCAAGAAGGCGUCUCCGAGAAAAGAACGCCAGCGACGAAGCAGAAGCGAGUCUGCGAGAUACGACGAACAUCGCACGUUGGAUACCGAUGAAAAAAAGUUAACGAGAAAAGGAAGAAAAAGACGAGUUACAGGGAGAUCCAAGGACAAUUACAGCGAAUCGUCUAUAAAUUACAGCGACGAUAGCCUCCAAGAAGAUUUAAGGAAGAACGGAACGGUAAGGACGUAUUUUCGGCGUAAGCUCGAGGGGCGAAGAUCAAAAUCUCGUGCGGACAAGAUUAAAAAGAGAUCGAGAUCCGAGGUUGAAACAAAUCGAGCCAAUCUGAGGCAUUUGCAAUCGGUGAUUAAGAGCGAUCAAGACGAACACAGCGGUACCGACGACAGUUUGGAAGUAAUCGUUGUCAGGACGUCCGUCGAGAAGAAAAAGUGCGAAAAGAUUGUGUCCGGAGGAAAAGCAAAAAUGUCGAAAGAGAAUUCGAAAGAUGGUAGAAUAAGAGAGUCUCAUAGACGCAACUUGAAAAGUCAAAAGUCGGAAUCCGGCGGAUUUACGGUGCCGUCCGAUAAGAUAUACGAUGAGGCAUCCGACAAGGCAUCCGACAAGGCAUCCGAUAAGGCAUCCGAGGAGGAUGGAUCAAUCGUGGAUCAUCGGCCAUACUCCGACGAGAAAGGAAAAGAUGAAGGAGGAUAUAAGGACGUUGCUGGCGUUGACGAAGUCGCGUCGAAGUCGUCCACGCCGGAGGAUAUGGGAAUGUCCUUCGUUGAAAGUCGAUAUAAUCACAGGGGAGACGUUACCGAUAGUACGAGCCACGAAACCGUCGAACGAGUUCUCGUUACGGCUAUGGUCCACAAGGAUCAAGGUCCUGACACUCCAAAGUCUACGAUCGAAAUAUCGAAGGAAGUCACUUUUGAAGAUGGUUCGGAGAAGGAGAUGAUAGACAAAAAUUGCGAAGUAUUGGAAAGUAAGAUCGACGAUGUCUAUGCGAAAUCCGAACAACUAUCUAAUUCGCUAGUAACGAAGGCUAAGGAUUUAAAGAAGGGCCUCGAAAAUAUGCGCAGUGGGAUCAAGGAUAAGAAUGAGAAUGAUAACGAAAGGAUUGGUGAUGAUAAGAGGAUCGUAGGAGACGUCGAAACAGUGGAAGGUAGGUUGUGCGCACACCAUGUAAAUGAAUCCGAAAGAACUUCAUCGGAUUCUCAGGAGGCGCAAGAUCAACGGGGAAAAAUUGAACAUCAGGAAGAUUCUAUUAUUAAUACGAAAGGCGAUAGAAAUAUUCUUGAUAUAUCGCCGAGUGCCACGAAAGACGUCGCAAGCUGCGUGGAUGCGAUGAAUGAUGGUUUGACUUCAGAGAUAGAUUUGCAAGAUUUCCAUACAUUGGAAGGAUCAUUUCGAGAGGAGAUGCCAACUUUGGCAUUGGAAGAACUUUCAAAAGUAGAAAGCGAGAAACGGGGAUCGGAAGAAGUAACUGAGACGAUGGAGAAGCACGAUAUAAGCGGUACAUUAGAAAAAGAUGUUCCUUUAGAAAUCUUGGAAAAUAUGGCUUCCGUAGAAACCUACAAAGGGAAUAUUAUCACCGAUGGGUUUACAUUAGCGAACAAAGAAUCGUUUAAAACACGAGAGGAGAAACGUCAGAGCGAGGAAUUAUCGUCGACUUCUUUCGAUGCUCCUUUAACCAAUGACUUCUUCUCCGAGGAUAAGGAACAAAUAGAUUCCGCGCGUGGCAAAUCUGUGGAAUUAUCUUCAGAUUCUAGAGAUUCCGUAUUGAUGCGAGAGAAUGAGAAUGACUUUUCGAGAACGAAUACUCCAGUUCUCGCAAGGAGCAACAUUCUCGAAGUAAAAUCCGUCGGACAUAAAGUACCAAGUGAGCCUAAUAAAGUCAAGAUUGUACAAAUAGAUGCAAGUACCAAGUCUUCUACGAGCGAGGAAAAAGCAUUAUCGGGUAAAGAGGACAAGGAUGGCUCGCCGACGGGAACAAUGAAACGUUCAAGGUGUUCAAGAGCUUCAGCGAGAAAACAAAUGGAAGGGGCUGAGUGCCCUUCGAAUCUAGCGAAAGGAUCGAGCAAGAUUAAAAAUUUAUUUGACAAGUCGGUGGAGCGUUCUCUCGAUCGCAGUGCAAUAGUUGCCGUUAUCGAGAGCCCGGAAUGGGAUGAAGAGGAUGAAGAGAUCGAUAAGGAGAUUAGAAAGGUUAUCGGAGAAGACGGAGAACGUGAUACAGAGCCAGAAGAAAAUAACGAAAUGGGUGUUGUUAGAGUUUUGCCGGGUAAAAGCGAGGAAGACGCUUAUAGGAACCUGGACGUCGGUAAAUCCAGGAAUUCGGGUAACGUUACCUUACCUCAGGUACAGAGAAGACCAUGCACGCACUCGGGAAAGAUUCUUAAGAUUACAGCGGAGGAUCAACGUCUCCGACAGUGUACGAAACAGUGUCGUCGUGACAGUGGUGGUAGAGAUAGUGGCAUAGAACCAAGUCCAAGAAUUUCUAGAAUACCAAAGAGAAGGAACGUGGUUGACUAUUCAAAGAUGGAGAAACAUCAUGCGAUCAAUGUAGAUACCAUCACGAGAGAUGUUCAAAUUAGUCUUCGUCGUUAUCACCUGGAAAGGAAGAUCUUUUUUCAAUUGAUGGAACUCAAGAGAUUGCAGAUUAGGCAUGGUAGAGCUAACGAGCAAGUUUUGGUUAAAAGACAGGUCGAGUCAUUUCAUAAAGCUGGCAUGACUGGUCCAACCCUUGGUGUUGCUAAAUACGAUCAACCAUUGACCUUCAGGUUUUCAGCAUUUCCAAUCCUAUUGUUAACAAAACACUUCGAAGCGUUCUUAUACGAACAGUUGAGGAAAUUACAAAGGAGACCAGCCACGCCAAAUUUUUGUACAGAUGCAAAAUAUUGCACCCAAAGAACUCAUCGGUGUCAUCAUGCCACAACUGCCUAUACUUCAGUACCUGUUUACACUUAUAUUGGCGGAGAGGCACAAGAACGAGCGGAUCACUUUCCAAAAAUAGAGACUCGUGGAAAAGGACAAAUGACGGUGGAAGUAACUCACGGAGACGAGAAACAAGUCAUCGCACUACCAGCUGAAAGGCUGGAUUGUACCAAAAGAUAUUUCGUUACAUUUACCGUUAGAGGAGAAAGUCAAGGAACAACGAAAUCGUCUCAUUCUAUGAAACGAAGUGCUACGAGCGUUUAAAAUAUCCGUUAUAUAUAGUACAUAUACUUAUAUACGUACAUAUAUAUACACACACAGAUAUAAUAUAAUAUAGAUACAUGUGAGAUAUAAGCGAUAUCUCGCCUCGUUUAUGUAUUAACUUCGUACUCUGACAUUUCUUUUUGAAAGAGAAAGUGAGAAGUCGAAUUUAAUUUUAUUUAUUUAAAAAUCAUAAUAUUUAUUCUAUUUUAGCAUCAUAUUACUUUCCAAAUACUAUCUUGCAAAUUGCCAGAUUACAUUCUAAUACAGAGAUCAACGCGGAACGAAUGCUUGUGGUAUAAAUUUUUAUAUAACAUACAUAUUAUAGGUAUUGGUGAGAAAUUUUUCUUUUUUAUUUCAUUAAUUUUCUAUCCUUGACAAUUAAUUAUCAAGAAAAAUAUAUUAUAUAUGUUGUCUAAGGUAAUCCAAUAUCUUAACCGUAAUUAUAUAUUAUUCGAUUAUCGGUUAUUUGAAUGGAUAAAUUUAAUUAUUUGCGGUUCUAUUGGUGACCGUGUAAAUGUAACAUAUAUUACGUACGAUUAAUUAACAAAAAUAUACUAUACGAUAAAGACUAUAUUAUUACUGUAGGUUCUAUUAUGCAUUAUUGGUAUAACCGACGUUAUCGAUCACGCAUACAUAUAUGUACAUACAUUAAAAUUGGCCGUAUAAAGUCAUACAAAACGUUACAAA